CAUUAAGCUUGACAGAAGACUUGAGCGUUCCCCGCCAAACAUUUCUGACACUUGGGCUGUAUCGUCAAACCAGAAUUAACUCUUCCACAAUACACUAAGAUGGUAGAGGAUCGCCCGCCGCCAGAACCUGAACCAGGCCGCUGCGCAUUCUGGCUGGGGGCGCGCAAGGCUCGGCACUGUCGCUCGUUGGCCCUCCCCUCGCAGCGGUACUGCGGGAACCAUUUGCAUCUAGACCCAGCUGCUCAGAGCCAGGCGUCGGGUGCGGCGGCUGCCGCGAGGGCGGCGCGAGUGCCCUGCCCCAUCGACCCAACACACACAGUCUUCGCGUCCGAGCUGGACAUACACGUGAAGCGCUGCCCCGCGUUGAUUAUUGCGCAGCGCGAGAAGGCCCAGCCGCACUUCCUAGAGGACGUGAAUGCCGGGAGCGACGACGAGCCGAACCUGCCGCCGCCGCCGCAACCCCGGGCACCGCGCCCUGACGCAACCGCUGGUCCCGAGCCAGCGCAGGGCGUGUCAGAGAAAGCUGCAGGCACAACUGCAGGCACAGCUGCAGGCACAGCUGCAGGUGUUGGUGCGGCGGCUGUUGGUGCGGCGGGUUUUGGUGCUGGCGCGGCUGCGGCUGGGGCUGCAGCAGCCCAGGGAGGGCACCAAGGGGGCCCGGCGCGGCCGCAGGGACAGGAGCAGCAGCAGGCCCCGGCACAGAACGUUGAGCCAGGGGAGGAAGGGGAGGUGGCAGAGGAGUGGACGCCGGCGCUGGGGCCGUUUGUGAAGGGCCGUGCAGCGCAGCGUGCGGCUCUGGCGCGACGGCUGGGGGAGGCGGCGUUCCUGGCGAUCCUAGACAAGGUGGAGGCGGCGUUUGGCGCGGCCUGCGGCGGCGCGGCGCCGCCCGCUGUGGUGCUGCGGCCUGCCGAGUGCGAGGGCAUGCUGUCGGCGCCGUCAGACCAGCGGCCCUUCGACCUGAAGCACGGCCUGCAGCAGGCGUCCAUCAUGGGCAACAUGCAGCGAGUGGGGCUCAUUAGGCCAGGACCGCAGGGCGGCGCGGGUGUGGCUGUUGUGGAGCUGGGCGCGGGCAAGGGCUACCUGGGCGGCACACUGGCGGCGUGCGGCGGAGUGGGGCGACUCGUGGCCACCGACAUUGUGGCGGGACUGCGGCUCAAGGCGGACCGGCACCUGCGCCACAUCCUGUUCGGCCGCCACCGCGUGGACCUCAAAGACUACGUCCCGGCAGCCACACCCGAGCUCACCAUGCGCCGCCAGACCCAGCCCCAGCAGCAAAAGCAACCCCAGCAGCAGCAGCAACCUGCUGAGGGACCGGAGGCAAAGGGCCAGGCGAGACAGCAGAAGCAGCGGCAGCAGAAGCAAAAGCACCCGCACCCCUCAUCGGCGCCCACCACGUCGGCGGGCAGCCGAGGCGACUCGCCGGCGGCCAAGCGCCCCGCGCUGGACGGCCACGUGCCGCCGCCGUCGCAGCCACUGCCGGUGCAAGGCCCAUCAGGCGGUAGUGGCUGUGCGGGUGCAGGGCCAGCGGCCGCGGCGGCUGCCGUGGCGGAGCGCGCUCCAUCUGGGCCCAGCCCUAUGGAGGGCGCUGAGGCCGGCGAGGGUGUCCCUGCGUUGGAAGCAGCAGGUGCGCCUGGCGUGGCGGCACCGCCACAAGGGCCGCCGCAGGAGCCGCCGCAGGGGGCUCCAGCCGCCGUCGCUGCCUCUGCAACUGCUGCGGAGGUGCCUGCCGCCGAGUGCUGGGUUGCGGUGGCCAAGCACCUGUGCGGCGCCGCCACUGACUACGGGCUGCGGGCCUGCCUGCUGCCGCACGACGAGCCCGCGCGCCGCAGCAACACAGACGCCAACACCACCAACCCUGACACCACCAACAACAACAGCCAGGAGGGCUGGGGCCCCGGCAGCUCGCAGUCCUCUGCAGCCCACAAGCACCCACAGCCGCACCCGCACCCGCAGCCGCACCCACAGCCGCCGUUUCGCGGCCUGGCCGUUGCGCCGUGCUGCCACCACCGCUGCGGCUGGCGCGCCUACACAGGCAAGCGCCUGUUCAGGCGCCUGGGCCUCAGCCCCACCGAAUUCGAGCUGGUCAGCUGGAUGACGGGCUGGGCGCUGUGCGGCCACGACACGCCAGCCGGCAGCGCCGCCGCCGCCGCGGAGUGCGGCGAAGCGGGCGGCGAGAUCGAGGGCGAGGAGGGACAGGAGGGCGCGGGCUGCCGGUCGGCAGGCGCACAGACACAGCCGCAGGGGCUGCAGCAGGAGCCGGUUCGGGGGCAGGCAGCGGGACAGCAGGAGCAGCAGCAACAGCAGAACCAGCAGCAAGAGGGAGCUGACGCCAAGGCGCCGGCGCCGUUUGAUCCGGCCACGCGGUUGCCUCGCGCUCGGCGUAUGGCGGUGGGGCAGAUGUGCAAGCAGCUGAUUGACCGGGGUCGGCUGGAGUGGCUGUGUGAGCGGUACGAGCGGGCCGAGCUGGUGUGCUACAUCGGGCCGGAGGUGACCGGGGAGAACCGCUUGCUGCUGGCGGUGGGGCCGCGUGCGGGUGCGCGUGCGGGUGCGGGUGAGGGUGCGGGUCAGGGAGCGGGUGAGGGUGCUGGUGAGGGUGCCGGGGCGGGUGCGACUGAGAGGAAGGACGUGUAGGCGGGUAGGGGGACGCGGUGGAGUAGGAGCAGGUGUGGAUGGGGGUUGUUGCUGUUAUGUGUGAGGGACAAAUUGCAGCAUCGCAUCACGCUUUGCCCUGGUCACACGAAGUCACACCUGCUGUGGAUUUUACCAGCGAGGGCUGCGCUGCGGAGGGGAAGACCGGCACCGCUCCAGCGCUCUUAUGGACGUGUUAGGCUGCAAGGUUGCGUCGUUGCGGCAAGCGCCGCAAAGGUUGGGAGGUGUGAUUGUGCUGGACAAGAAUCAGAACGGACAAGAUGAGUAUCAGAACGG